GGAUCCGGGCUCCUGCCCUGGUCCCUGCGGACAUGGUGCCUCUGCUGCUGCUGCCCCUGCUGUGGGGGGGGUCCCCGCAGGACGAUCCAGGGAUCCAGCUGCGAGGGCAGGAACCCGUGACGGUACAGGAGGGUCUGUGUGUCCACGUGAGCUGCUCCUUCUCCUACCCCUGGAGAACUGGGUCUUCCAGGAAGAUGCUCUACGUAUACUGGUUCCGGGGUUGGGACACCUCAAGCAACAGUCAUCCAGCGGCUACAAACAACCCAGGGAGACCAGUGAAGACAGACACCAAGGGCCGAUUCCAGCUCACAGGGGACCCCAGGACAGGCGACUGCUCCCUGAGAAUCAGAGAGGCCCGGAGGAGCGACGAGGGAGUCUACUACUUCCGAGUGGAGAGAGGAGAGGACGUGAAAUACACUUACAGAGAUAUGCCGCUGACUGUGAAGGUGACAGCUCUGACACUGGAACCAGACAUCCACGUCCCGGAGCCCCUGGAGUCUGGCAGGCCCGCACAGCUGACCUGCAGCCUGCCGGGGUCCUGCGAAGGGGGAAGGCCUCUCACAUUCUCCUGGGCGGGGGCUGCUCUGGACUCGCUGGACCCCAACACCCUGCACUCGUCGGUGCUGGGCUUCACCCAGAGGCCGCAGGACCAUGGCACCAACCUCACCUGUCAGGUGAAACUGCCAGGAGCUCAGGCCACCCUGGAAAGAACCAUCUGGCUCAAUGUCUCCUAUGCUCCCCACAACCUCACCAUCAGCAUCUUCUUCAGCAAUGUCACAGUCCUGAAGACGCUGUACAAUGGGACGUCGCUGCCGGUCCUGGGGGGGCAGUUCCUGCGACUGGUCUGCAUGGCUGACAGCAACCCCCCUGCAGUGCUGAGCUGGUCCCGGGAGGGGACAGCCCUGCGCCCCUCCCAGCCCUCAGCACCCGGGGUCCUGGAGCUGCCCCACGUAGGGCCUGGAGAUGAAGGGGAAUUCACCUGCCAGGCUCGGCACCCACUGGGCUCCCAGCACAUUUCCUUCAGCCUCUCUGUGCAAAGAAGCCUCUUUUCCUGCAACUGUGUGACCGGGGAGCAGGAGGGCUCCUGGCCCCUGGUCCUCACCCUGCUCAGAGGGGCCCUCAUGGGGGCUGGUUUCCUCCUCACCUAUGGCCUCACCUGGAUCUACUACAGCAGGUGUGGAGGCCGCCAGGGAGCAAACCUGAGAGUCCACACUGAGCCUCCCUCCUUCAUGACACAGGACUGAGGUGUGGCCCUGGGGCCCAGGGGGACAGAGGUGGGGCCGUCAUGCUCAGCCUCUUUCUGGGAGCUCUGAACUCGAACCGGCUCCGGUGUGCCCCGGGGAGUGUGAUCUGGGGAUGUGACGGAGUGGCAGCAUGAGGAGGCCUCACCAUCCGAAGCAGGGACUACUUACAUUUGUGGAGGGGGUGUGGCGCACCAUGCCAUUCCGGGCCACGGGGUGCGGAUAGGCCUCGCCAGGUCCCGCAGAGACCUGUGGGAAAGGCCUGGCCGAGAGAGCCUGGCAGGAUCAGCUAGUGGGAGUCAUCCGGGGGGCCUUGGCCUGGAGGGGUAGCUCCAGGUGUCUGGGAGCUGUCCUGGGUGGGGCAA